UGUUUCACUCCCGGUUCCAUGGUAGCACUUGAACGCAGAGUGAGUUUAGGACCCAGUGAGAGACAACCAGGGGGCGCGUCAGUCUGUUUAAUCUGACCACAGAACCUGUAAGCUGACUUUUGCUUCCUCUGUGACAUUUCACAUGUUCCGUCACAGCAGUUCCUUGAUGUAAGAGACGCGAUAGAGAAGUGCACUGCAGUGCCACCAUUAACACCAGACAACACCAUGAUCUGUGGACCGGGACCUUUGUGAUCUGACAUGCCUGUGAAGGAAACCCUAUCCCAGGCAGCGAACAGCCAAUCAUGGAGCAGCAGGCCUGGAUUCUGAGGAGCAUCCUGACCCAGCUGGAGAGUCAGGAGGCUGCGGAUGAGGGGGCACCAAAUUGUAUUGCUGGGGAGUUUGCGAGGCUGAAAAACCAGUCAACAAAGUAUCGCAUUGACAAGGUCUUCUCCACCAAGACUGCAGAAAAACAAGAAAACAUCAAGAAGAAUCGAUACAAGGACAUUGUUCCCUUUGACCACACCCGAGUAAAGCUCACUCUCACCACAUCCAAAAAGGACUCCGACUACAUCAAUGCAAGUUAUAUUAAGGGAGUUUCAGGAUCCAGGGCGUAUAUUGCUACUCAGGGUCCGCUUCCACACACACUGGUGGACUUUUUACGGAUGAUUUGGGAAUACAACAUAAAUGUUAUUGUCAUGUCCUGUCGAGAAUUUGAAAUGGGGAAGAAAAAGUGUGAAGUGUACUGGCCACAAAAUCAAGAGGAUACUUUUGUAUGCGAGGCUUUCACAGUUCACUGUGAUUCUGAGGAAAGUAAAGGAGACUAUCUGACAAGGAUGUUAAGGUUGACUUAUCGCAACUGUAGCCGAACUUUGAAACAGCUGCAUUACGUCAACUGGCCAGAUCACGGCGUUCCAGACACCAUCCCACCCAUCCUGGACAUGCUGCAUGAAAUGCGCUGUUACCAGGCGCAUGACGACAUCCCUAUAUGCAUCCACUGCAGGUCAGAAGCUUUACUGAAAUAA